UUAUCCGUCACAAGUCCCAUCUGGCUCCGAUUUUAGCUCCAACACUUCACCGGCUGGGCCUCACCAAGCUUGUCCUCUCUGGAAAAUGAACACAACCCUCCCUUCUCAUGGCUGGGAGCGCCGAUGAGCGCAGCGGCACGGCCUCGCGGGUGGAGUGCUUCGCGACCCCUGCGCGACCCGGCAACCCCGGCUGCUUCGGCCACCAUGCCGCGCUCUUUUCUCGUCAGGAAGUCCGCCUGCUCCCGCCGGAGGCCCAACUACAGCGAGCUGCACGACUCUUCUCCAGAGUUUACCUUCCAGCAGCCCUACGACCAGGCCCACCUGCUGGCGGCCAUCCCACCUCCCGAGGUCCUCAACCCCACGGCCUCUCUGCCCACGCUCAUCUGGGACUCUCUCCUGGCACCCCAAGCCCAGCCCAUCGGCUGGGCCUCCCUUCUGCCCCAGGAGGUCCCCAGGGCCGUGGAGCUGACCUCCCUGUCGGACGAGGACAGUGGGAAAGGCUCCCAGCCCCCCAGCCCCCCCUCACCGGCUCCUUCGUCCUUCUCUUCCACCUCAGCCUCUUCCUUGGAGGCCGAGGGCUAUGUUGCCUUCCCAGGCUUGGGCCAGUUGCCCACGCAGCUGGCCGGGCUCUCCGUGGCCAAGGACUCCCAGACUCGCAAGGCCUUCAACUGCAAGUACUGCAACAAGGAAUACCUCAGCCUGGGUGCCCUCAAGAUGCACAUCCGCAGCCACACGCUGCCCUGCGUGUGUGGCACCUGCGGGAAGGCCUUCUCCAGGCCCUGGCUGCUGCAGGGUCACGUCCGGACCCACACCGGCGAGAAGCCCUUUUCCUGCUCCCACUGCAGCCGUGCCUUUGCCGACCGCUCCAACCUUCGGGCCCACCUGCAGACCCACUCAGAUGUCAAGAAGUAUCAGUGCAAGACAUGCUCCCGAACCUUCUCCCGCAUGUCCCUGCUGCACAAGCACCAGGAGUCAGGCUGCUCAGGGGCCCCCCGCUGACCCUCAGGGCUCCUCCUGCCUCUCUAGACAACCCCCUGCAUCGCAGCCUUCUCAACUCCAGAAAGAAGGUGCCCCCAUACUUGUCACUGCCACGGAAUUCCCUUCUGAGCUCCUCUGUUUGGCUCUGUUGGCCCUGAAGGGCUCUGAGGACCAUGUUCCAGUUCUCUCUGCCCCAGGUGCCUCAGUGGGCUCUGAGGGAGGCCUUGCCGUGGACAUGUCUGUGGACGGCUGAUAGGGAGGGUGGUUUAGUUCUGGAGUCGGCCUCUCUGUGUGGGUUUGUGUGUCCAAAGGUGUUUGGAUACAGCUGCUUUGAGCUCCAGGACAAAAAGGAAGACUGAUAGGAAACUACCCCCCACUCAGGGGAACCCAUUCCUCCCAGACCUAGAACCCUCAGGCCACCCCUCCAGGAGGUGUGACGACUAACUGUGCAGUAAUCCACCCCCAGGUUCAGCCUGGGGGCCUGUGGGCAGUCACUGACACACACGGACGUGUCUAGACCCCCAGGUUGCCCCGGGCCCGGGCACCUAUCUCAGUCUCCUGUUUGUCACCGUGGCACCUGUCUCAUGGGCAAUUUAACAACAGUCCCAAAAGGGACUGUGAGUAAUUGCUGUCACCCCUGAGUGGGGUGCUUCAGCCCGACCGAUGUGUCUCCCAGAACUAUUUUUGGGGUCUGACAGGUGGCCCCGGGAGGAAGAUGUUUACAUUUUUAAAGGUACACUGGUAUUUAUAUUGCAAGCAACAUUUUGUACUAAGGAUACAUUUUGUAUAGUUAUAUGUACAGUUUAUUGAUAUUCAAUAAAGUGGUUAAUUUAUGUA